AUGGGCAAGCAUAAACCUUCUGGUAUUCGCUGUGCGCGUAAGCUGCGUGUGCACCGCCGUACUCAACGCUGGGCACAGAAGUCCUACAACAAGAGCCACUCCGUGACUGCUAUGAAAGCUAACCCGCUUGGUGGUUCUUCUAUGGCAAAGGGCAUUGUCCUCGAAAAAAUUGGCAUUGAAGCCAAACAGCCAAACUCGGCUAUUCGUAAGUCGUGCCGUGUGCAGCUUAUUAAAAACUCGAAGAAAAUUGCUGCCUUUGUUCCACGUGAUGGUUGUCUCAACUAUGUUGACGAGAAUGACGAAGUUUUGAUUUCUGGAUUCGGUCGUCGUGGUCACGCUGUCGGUGAUAUUCCUGGUGUGCGAUUUAAAGUUGUCAAGGUCUCGGGAGUGUCUCUGCUAGCUCUUUACAAAGAGAAGAAGGAAAAACCACGCUCGUAG